GAGGCCGGAAGUCGAGCCGCAGCUGCUCGCAGUUUCAAAAAUGCUGCGGAGGCCUUAGGAGCUACUCCUGCCGCCCCUCCCCCAGCUCGGAGGGGAAGCGACUCGUGGCGCGACCGUAAGGUGUGGCGGAGGGGUCUGGCCAGCGGGUUUGCUGACUGCAGAGUCUUCACUGCCAAAAUGACAUCACAUUCCACAUCUGCCCAGUGCUCAACAUCUGACAGUGCUUGCAGAAUAUCUUCAGAAAGAAUCAGUCAGCAGGUACGACCAAAACUGCCACUUCUGAAGAUUUUGCAGGCUGCAGGUGCUCAAGGGGAAGUAUUCACUAUGAAAGAGGUAAUGCACUUUCUAGGCCAGUAUAUAAUGGUGAAGCAACUCUAUGAUCAACAGCAGCAACAUAUGGUAUAUUGUGGUGGAGAUCUUUUAGGAGAUCUGCUUGGACGUCAGAGCUUUUCUGUGAAAGAUCCAAGCCCACUCUAUGAUAUGUUGAGAAAGAAUCUUGUCACGUCAGCCUCCGUUAACACAGAUGCUGCUCAGACUCUCGCUCUCGCACAGGAUCACAGUAUGGAUAUUCCAAGUCAAGACCGACUGAAGCACAGUGCAUCAGAAUGCUCCAAUUCCAGAAAAAGAACUGCAGAAGAUGAUACUCAUACACUGCCUACCUCACAAUGUAAAAGCAGAGAUUCUAAAGGAGAUGAAGAUUUAAUAGAACAUUUAACUCAAGAUGAGACAUCUAGGCUGGACCUUGACUUUGAGGAGUGGGAUAUUGCUGGCCUGCCAUGGUGGUUUUUAGGGAACUUGAGAAACAACUAUGUACCUAGAAGUAAUGUCUCGACGGAUUUACAGACAAAUCAGGACAUAGGUACUGCCAUUGUUUCAGACACUACGGAUGAUUUGUGGUUUUUAAAUGAGUCAGUGUCAGAGCAAUUAGGUGUUGGUAUAAAAGUUGAAGCUGCUGAUUCCGAGCAGACAAGUGAAGUGGGGAAAGCACGUGACAAAAAGGUGAUUGAUGUGGGAAAAGAUGAUGAUCCUGAGGACCCUAAGUCCUUGAGUGAUGAUACAGAUGUGGAACUUACCUCCGAGGAUGAGUGGCAGUGUACAGAGUGCAAGAAAUUUAAUUCUCCAAGCAAGAGGUAUUGUUUUCGUUGCUGGGCCUUAAGAAAGGAUUGGUAUUCGGAUUGUUCUAAAUUAACUCAUUCUCUCUCCACAUCUAAUAUCACUGCCAUACAUGAAAAGAAAGAGAAUGAAGGAAUCGAUGUCCCCGAUUGCCGGAGAACCGUUUCAGCUCCAGUUGUCAGGCCUAAAGAUGUGUAUUUAAAGGAAGAGAAUACCAAGUUUAACCCUUGUAACUCAGUGGAGUUUUUGGAUUUGGCUCAUAGUUCUGAAAGCCAAGAGACCAUCUCAAGUGUGAGAGAACAAGCAGAUAUCCUUUCUGAACAGAAAACAGAUACAGAAAGUAUGGAAGAUUUUAAAAAUAUCUUGAAGCCAUGCAGUUUAUGUGAAAAAAGGCCUCGGGAUGGGAACAUUAUUCAUGGGAGAACGAGCCAUUUGACGACGUGUUUCCAAUGUGCCAGAAGACUAAAGAAGGCUGGAGCUUCAUGUCCUUCUUGUAAGAAAGAGAUUCAGUUGGUUAUUAAAGUUUUUAUAGCAUAGCUGAGUCAGUUGCAGAGAAAUAUUAGGAUCAGGUCAUUUCUCAAAAAACCAGUAUUCUUGGAGGCAGGAGCAGAAGAUCACCUAUUUUGAUGCCAGUCUGGGCCAUAUAGUGAGACUUUGUUUUUAAAAGAGUCAGUAUUGAGCAUCUUUCAUGAGUGUGACCCAUUGUAUAUGUUUAUUUAUGGAAUUUUAGAAGAUCAGUUUGAGGGUUUCAUUGACGUUAGAUACUUAAAUCACUUUGUUCUCCUUCCAAAUCUUAAAUCUUGAGUAGGAAUAAUACCAACACAAACAUAACAAUGCAUUCUUUUAUUUCCUGCCGAGAGUAAUGCAUUAGUUGGUUUAUACUCUACCCUGCUGCUAUAUAAUGUUCUCGGGACAUCAAAAUCUAAGGUAGUUAUUAGAAAAAUACUAGGACCAACACUGAAGAAACAAAUCUGAUUAGUCACUGUAGCCAAGGAUGACCUUCUACUCCUGACCAUCUGUGUCUCUCCCACCUGUGUGCUGUGUUUACAGGCUGUCCCAUCAUGCCUAGCUGAAUCUCUCAGGUUUACAUAAAAUAACAGGAGUGAACAUCUCUGCACAGCCUUCUCAAAGAGAAGGUAUAGGCUUUGUAGCCAACACUUGGCAGUUGUCUCCUGGAAGCUGGUUAGGUGUUUUUGUACUUUGCCUCUAGAAUUGUUCACACACCGAGGCAAUGGCCAGUGAUAGGGUUGAACAAGUGGAGAGAAGAGGGAGUGUUGGAUUUGUGAAAAUGGAGGGAAACAAAUUGAUCUUCAAUUUUGCUUAGUCAUUUUGGACCACAUAAAUUUAGUAUACAAACCGAAGAUCUUCACAUUGAAGCCCUUGUACCUAUCUGUAUCUGUCGAACCCAUGGGAUAGAUCUUGGUGUUUCCCCAGGAAUAUGAAUACCUCAUUUUAAAGACCAAGUCUAUAUAACUAUUGAACUUGGGGGACAUCUAGCUGUCCCAGCCUUUCCAAUGGCUCCUGCUCUUAGAAAUGGGGAGAUAUAUGGUAACUAAUCCCAUGAUGUGCCUAUUGGACCAAGACCAUUGGGGCUUCUAUAAUUACUACUAAGGGGAGGUAUGUUAGCAUGAGUUUUUGCGUUGACUCUGUGUUCCCUGUCUGCCCCACUGCCCUCCCACUAGACCUGACUGCACCAAAUGCCUAUUGGGUUAAUUGUCAUAGUUACUCCUUUUUUUUCUUUCUUUUUUCCCCCAAUUUUUUCAGUAGUUACUCUUCAAUUGUGACAAAACACCAAGGCAUAAAAGAAUUUAAUUGGGCUUGCCUUUCGAGAAGGUUAGAAUCCAUGAUGGCAGAAAACUGAUCGCUCACAUCUUGAUCUGCAAGUAGGAGGCAGAGAAAAAACCUUGUGAAAUCCUUGACCCCCACUGCCUCCAAGGCAGCAUCUUGUAAUCCUUCCCAAACAGUUCCAACAACUGGGGGCCAAGUAUUCAAACAUGAACCUGUGGUGGCCAUUCUCAUGUAAACCUCCACAUUCCACUCCCUAGCCCCCAUAGGCUUUUGACCAUAUGGUAGUGCAAAAUGCAUUUGUCCAACCUCAGAAAUUCUGUGUUUUAGUUUUGACAUAAUUUAAGUCAGUCUUCUGAAACCAGAAUCAAAAGAGCAAAUUUUAUUCUAAUACACAAUGGCACAGAAUAUGCAUCAUCAUUCUAAAAAGUAUAUUCAAGGAAUAGUGAGGAAAUGUGGACCACAACAAGACUGAAACCCAGCAGAGCAAUUCCAAAUCCUGUCAUCAUGUCUGGUGCUUAGGUAAAGCCUCCUUUCUUGCUUUGCUGACUGCAACAUGCUUUCUCUGUUUCCAUUCUUGUAUGCAGCUCUCCUUGGCAGGUAACACAUGACUCUGACACCUCUGCAUUUACAAUCUCCUCAUUGUGUGGCCUCAGUGGCUCUCUUUAACCAUGGAGGAAGUUUCCACAACCCCUUGCUCAUGUAUCCUCUAAUACUCUAUAGCCAGAUUACACUGCCAAGUUCUACCUGCUUAGGAGAGCCUGUUCUUCCCCCCCCCCCCCCCCCCCCCCCCCCCCCCCCCCCAGUCACACUUGCAGCCAUUCUGCUUUGUUGUUGCCUUUUUGGAGCUAGAAAAAAAAGCUUGGGCUUUUUCCUUUCACAAGAGGGAUGUUUAGCUGGGUGGGAUUUUAUCCUGAGGGCAUUUCUCCCUCCAUUUCAGAUCAGGCCUCUCCUUAAUCUCAGCCUCUGAGUGUAAGCCUUGGCUCCCAGCAUUAACCUUCCUGGUGCUCUUUCCUGCAUACUCUGUAUGUCUUUCUGCCUCACAUGCUCUUUUCUGUUACUAACAGCUAUGCUGCAGAGUCAGCAUUCAGCUCUUUGGAAGGCUCCUCUGUCAAAUUAGUUUGUUACUUUUCACUUAUGCUUAGGCAGCUUCUUAGGACAAGGGCAGAAGAAGGUAGCCGCAUACUUUGCCAAAACAUCCCAAAAAUUGUCUUUUUCUCAGUUGCUAAUUAAGUGUUAUCCUCUGAAGCUUCAUGAUCUAGACUUCCACAGACCACAUGGCUCUUGGCACUACUCUCUUCCAAGCUUCAACCACUUUCUUAGUCCAAAGUCCCAGUCUUCCACAUUUCUCCAACAAGCCAUGUGGCCAGGUCUUUCAUAGCAGUGGCCCAUUUCUGAUUCCGACUGGUGUCUGGCUACUCUUCAGUGCUGUGGCAAAACACUACUCCAGCCAAGGCAGCAGAGAGAAGAAAGCCUUUAUUGGAGCUAUGGUUUCAGAGGAUUAGUUCAUGAUGGCACCAACAUUGGAGAGCAGGAGGUAGAGAGAGAACCCUGGGAGUGGCAUGGGCUUUUGAAACCUCAAAGCCUUCACUUGUGACACACCCCUACCAACAAGGCCACAUCUCCUAAUCCUCCCAAAUAGUUCUUCCAACUGUGGAUCAAAUAUUCAUACAUGAACCUAUGGGGGCCAUUCUCAUUCAAACCACCAGUUUUCAAAGGAGUUCUUUCUUAGUUAUAUCUUGUCAUUGCCUCCAGUUGAUAAUUUCACUAGUUGUAGCAAAUAAAGUAGAAUUUGUCUUUCCUCAGUGGCCAAGCCUUUGCGAGUAUUAAAAGCCCUGUAGCUCCUAUUUGGCGUGAUGUGCAGCUUCUUUGAGAGACUAAUUACAGACAUCUUUAUUCACAUCUCCAUGAUAGUGAGAAUAACAAAGUAGUGUAGAGAUGAUCACAGAUGUCAUCAAUCAUAAUUCCUGCUUCAGAGCAGGCUGUGAUGUAUCCAAUCCUCCUGAGUGGGACUGAGUUUUUUUUUUUUUUUUACUUUAUUAAAAUACUGAGUUUAUUUCAUAUGUAUAUUUUUGUCUCCCUACUGUUUCCACAUCUGACCACCACUAUUACUAUGUCCUAUCAUAAUAUUCCAUACAUACUUGAAACCAAGUAAAGGGUGGAGUUCCAUCCUUGAAAACUAAACAGGCAUUUUAGACAAUGCAUUCUUGGCAAGGAACCUGGACAACAUCAAAUACAGUAGGGAAAGUUCUCACUAUGCAUUAUAAAAAAGACAGCCAGAUAUAUCAACUGUUACAGAAAUUAAGACGGAAUAUUUCAAAGUGUUUAAACCAUUUUCUUAAAAGAGACCUCCUCCACUGCCAGAGAUCUUGACUAACCUUCUGGUCAGUCAUCCGGAAGCAAUUCUUCACAUAAUCAAUGAACUUGGCUUCCACUUUGGGAAGAGAGCCACCUUUUUCUAUAUUUGCUUUCAUUUUUGCCUUAAUGUCUUCUACAGAACUAGGUCCUUUUGGUGUUUUAGGUUUUUUUUUUUUUUUUUUCCUGUUUUUUGAAGGACUCUUGACCCUUUGAUCUUAGUGUUGACGGUUUUAAGUCUUUUCUAUUUUGGUGUGAUAUUUGUGCAUUUUUGGCUGGGGUAUCUUGUACAGAUUUCUUCACUGGAAAUUAUUCAGCUUCCUCAUCAUCAUCCUCAUCAAAUUUUACUUUUUUUCUGUGGAACCUUGUUGCCACCUCCAGGAGCAGAUCGCUUUCCAGGCAUAUUCAACAG